GCGUAAUAUGUUAUGGUUUUAGCGAGCAACAUGUCUGCCUCCAUGGUGCGGGCGACCGUCCGAGCGGUCAGCAAAAGAAAGAUACUGCCAACUAGAGCCGCACUGACUCUAACACCUUCAGCUGUGAACAAGAUCAGGUUGUUGUUGCAGGACAAGCCACAAUAUAUUGGUCUGAAAGUUGGAGUGAGAACACGUGGCUGUAAUGGGUUGACUUACACACUGGACUACACCAAGGAGAAGGACAAAUCUGAUGAGGAAGUGAUGCAGGAUGGUGUGAGGGUGUUCAUAGAGAAGAAGGCCCAGCUGACCCUGCUAGGAACAGAGAUGGACUUCGUGGAGUCGAAGUUGUCCUCUGAAUUUGUCUUCAACAAUCCCAACAUUAAGGGCACGUGUGGCUGCGGGGAGAGCUUCAACAUGUGAUGGUUUGCAUCAGCCUCCAUCCUACUGCUCCCGCCCCCAAACCCUGACAAACUAAGUGACUGCGAGUGUUAAUGAGGGAUUUGGACACGAGGACCCGCGGUCGUGCCUGAGCUUCUACCACAGCUCUUCCUGCCAAACACUCACCACUCACACAAACCGCCAGUCGUUAUAAGGCCACAUACGCACAUCCAUCGUUAGAGGAAGUUUUCAAUCCAGUCUGGUAACCAGCGUCACCUUGGCAACACUGAUUUUAGGUUCAGAUACCUCUAAUGUCUUCACCUGCUCUUUUUAAUUCUCUGCUCUACAUCUGCAGACCUCCCUUGGACCUCAGAAAGGACCACGUUGCAGUGUUUCUGAUGUAGUCAUUAGCUCUAAUUUUACAUGUACGCACAUUAUAUUUAGAAAUUCAAUCAAGUCACACCAUGGUUUAUUUUCAGAAGGAAAUGGUUCAGCAUAACCCUAAACCUAACCCUCAAUCACUGUAAAACAGUGUCACCAUGUCCAACAGCCUGCAAAGGGGAAGAGUCAGAGUGUCUUGGACUGCUUUACCAGUGUGUAUAGUCUUUGAACAGAAGUUAAAAGUAUAUAUUUAUCCUAUGUGUAAAUAUUAAGAAUGUACAUUCACCCUUGAACCACGCAAACGCACAAAAACACGCACAAUAACAUGUAACCCUCAUAAGUAGAGUACAUGAGGUGUUGUUGGUUUCUUUUUGCUUGAUCAAAACCAGAAUUUAUGUUUAUAUAGACUGUGUGCUCUUAUGAUUUUUGACCUGUGCAAUAUGUCUAUGUACAUAUAAUAUAAUAAAUAAAAUAUGAAGUCAUUUCAA